GGUGACGUAGUGGACGCAUCUCUUACUGCUGCGACACCCGGAGGACUCCGAGUCUUCUGCCGCAUACUUGCUCCCCUGCUUUUCUGUGUUUCGGUCAAUAACACCGCCAUGAACAAGAAGAAGAAGCCGUUCCUGGGCAUGCCUGCGCCGCUGGGCUACGUACCCGGGCUGGGCAGGGGUGCCACUGGCUUCACCACCCGAUCAGACAUCGGGCCUGCUCGGGAUGCAAACGAUCCUGUGGAUGAUCGCCAUGCCCCACCAGGGAAGAGAACUGUGGGGGACCAGAUGAAGAAAAAUCAGGCGGCUGAUGAUGAUGAUGAAGAUCUGAAUGAUACCAACUACGAUGAGUUUAAUGGCUAUGCUGGGAGCCUCUUCUCAAGUGGGCCCUAUGAAAAAGAUGAUGAGGAAGCAGAUGCUAUUUAUGCAGCUCUGGAUAAAAGGAUGGAUGAAAGAAGAAAAGAGAGAAGGUAUGCUGUUCUGUACUGUGUUUAUCAAAAUAACUUUUUUGUUGUUGUGUUUUAUUUGGGGCUGGGAGGAAAGUUGCAAUACUGUUUUCUCAUGGUGUCUUCUGGAUCCCUGGCUGGAUCCCCAUUUCCUUUCUCCUCCUCUCGUCCACCCCCAUUCUCUCCCCUGCUCAGUCAUUGGCUGAUCAGUUCUAGGAAGCUGGCAGAAGUCACAGAAGAAGAGUGGCUGAGCAUCCCAGAAGUUGGCGAUGCCAGAAACAAACGUCAACGGAACCCACGUUAUGAGAAGUUGACUCCUGUUCCUGAUAGUUUCUUUGCCAAACAUUUACAGACUGGAGAGAACCAUACUUCCGUGGAUCCCCGACAGACUCAAUUUGGAGGUCUGAACACACCCUACCCGGGAGGCCUGAACACUCCAUACCCAGGUGGAAUGACACCUGGAUUGAUGACACCUGGUACAGGGGAGCUGGACAUGAGGAAGAUUGGCCAGGCAAGGAAUACCCUGAUGGACAUGAGGCUUAGCCAGGUGAGAAUUCGUCAUGCAUCUUUUCUUAUACUGAAAUGGGGAAAAAGCAAAAUAUUUGGGGGAUGUUGCUCAGUUGUUAGUCACUUACCUAGCGUGUGCAACAAAACACUCAAUAAUUUUGUGCCUUCUAAUAUUUACAGUGACAUCAAGAAAGCACGACUACUUCUCAAAUCUGUUCGAGAAACAAACCCUCAUCACCCACCAGCUUGGAUUGCAUCAGCUCGCCUGGAAGAAGUCACUGGAAAGUUACAAGUGGCUCGAAACCUUAUUAUGAAAGGGACAGAGAUGUGCCCCAAGAGUGAAGAUGUCUGGCUAGAAGCAGCUAGGUUACAGCCUGGGGACACAGCCAAGGCUGUGGUGGCACAAGCUGUCCGUCAUCUCCCGCAGUCUGUUAGGAUUUACAUCAGAGCAGCAGAGCUAGAAACAGACAUUCGAGCAAAGAAGCGUGUUCUUCGGAAAGCACUUGAGCAUGUUCCAAACUCUGUUCGAUUGUGGAAAGCAGCUGUUGAGCUUGAAGAGCCUGAAGAUGCUAGAAUCAUGCUGAGCCGAGCAGUAGAGUGCUGUCCCACCAGUGUAGAGCUAUGGCUUGCUUUGGCAAGACUAGAAACUUACGAAAAUGCUCGCAAGGUCUUAAAUAAAGCACGUGAGAACAUUCCUACAGAUCGGCACAUCUGGAUCACAGCUGCCAAGCUGGAGGAGGCCAACGGGAACACUCAGAUGGUGGAAAAGAUCAUUGACCGAGCCAUCACCUCCCUUCGGGCCAAUGGUGUAGAGAUCAACCGCGAACAGUGGAUCCAGGAUGCUGAGGAGUGUGACAGGGCAGGGAGUGUGGCCACGUGCCAGGCUGUCAUGCGCGCUGUAAUUGGUAUUGGGAUUGAGGAGGAAGAUCGCAAACACACCUGGAUGGAAGACGCUGACAGUUGUGUGGCCCACAAUGCCCUGGAGUGUGCGCGAGCCAUAUAUGCUUAUGCCCUACAAGUCUUCCCCAGCAAGAAAAGUGUGUGGUUACGAGCUGCAUACUUUGAGAAGAAUCAUGGUACCAGGGAAUCUCUGGAAGCACUCUUGCAGAGGGCUGUAGCCCACUGCCCCAAGGCAGAGGUGCUAUGGCUCAUGGGUGCCAAGUCAAAGUGGCUGGCAGGGGAUGUACCUGCAGCAAGGAGCAUCCUGGCCCUGGCCUUUCAGGCCAACCCCAACAGCGAAGAGAUCUGGCUGGCGGCUGUGAAGCUGGAGUCAGAGAACAAUGAAUACGAGCGAGCCCGGAGGCUACUGGCCAAGGCUCGGAGCAGUGCACCCACUGCCCGUGUAUUCAUGAAGUCUGUGAAGCUGGAGUGGGUUCUGGGGAACAUCUCUGCGGCGCAGGAGCUGUGUGAAGAGGCUCUGAGGCACUAUGAAGAUUUCCCCAAGCUCUGGAUGAUGAAGGGGCAGAUUGANGAGCAGGGAGAACUGAUGGAGAAGGCCCGGGAGGCCUACAACCAGGGGCUGAAGAAAUGUCCUCAUUCCACACCGCUAUGGCUCUUGCUUUCCCGACUAGAGGAAAAGAUUGGGCAGCUGACACGUGCUCGGGCCAUUUUAGAGAAAUCUCGUCUGAAAAACCCAAAGAACCCUGGGCUAUGGUUGGAGUCAGUGCGGCUGGAAUACCGGGCAGGGCUGAAGAACAUUGCCAAUACCCUCAUGGCCAAGGCGCUGCAGGAGUGUCCUAACUCUGGUAUCCUGUGGUCUGAAGCUGUCUUCCUUGAGGCAAGGCCCCAGAGAAAGACCAAGAGUGUGGAUGCCCUGAAGAAGUGUGAACAUGACCCCCAUGUGCUUUUAGCUGUGGCUAAGUUGUUCUGGAGUGAAAGGAAGAUCACCAAGGCUCGGGAGUGGUUCCAUCGCACUGUGAAGAUUGACUCAGAUCUGGGGGAUGCCUGGGCCUUCUUCUACAAAUUUGAACUGCAGCAUGGAACUGAGGAGCAACAGGAGGAGGUGAGGAAACGCUGUGAGAAUGCAGAGCCCCGACAUGGAGAGCUGUGGUGUGCUGUGUCCAAGGAUAUCACCAACUGGCAGAGGAAGAUUGGGGAAAUCCUAGUGCUGGUGGCCGCCGGCAUCAAAAAUACCUUCUGAUAGGAGGGGUGACAAUAGGAGCAACACAUGGACAAUGGGCACAAACCCUACACUGUCUUUUACUCAUUAAAGGUUUUUAUAGAGUUA